AUGCAAUUCAUCAUUCAAAAGGAGUUUGAAUAUAUUACUAAGAAAAAUGAGGAAGAAAUUCCGACUUCUCCAAUUCGACUACAAGACCACUGGGUGUCGUCGAAAUCGCUAUCCAUGAUUGAUGCCAGGAAAGUCAUACCAACAGGCAACGAGUACGACAGCGCACGCAAAUCCCUCAAACGCUUGAGGAAAGACCGAGAGCUCUGA